GAGGACCCAUGCAGAGUCGGGUCAGACGCCCACACGCAUGGGAGGGAGCAGUGUACACAGCCUGCGCCUGAGAACGGACCCACUGACCAUCAUAUAUAGCACACCAGUCCAUGCACACUACCCACCCACAACCCUCACACUCUGUGCUCCCCAUCCAUUGCUUCCCGGAACUCCCCACCAUCAACAUCCCAGCGUCUUCCAACAGAACAACACCUAGACAGCUUUCUCAUCCCCGUCGACCCCGAUUUCGCCAUAUCGCUCACUCGUGAGUGCCUAUCUGGUCGUGCGCGAUUGAGCUGCGCAGUCCUGCCCGUCCUAUCCACCUAUUUAUACUGUCCACUGUGCCAUCUCCCUUCCAUAUCCAGCGCAGGACUGCGCAUCGUCCCGUCCUCCUGACCUGACCUGACCUCACCCACCCACGUUCUAUAAAGCCCCGCGUCUCUCCCGCCAUCAUGGUCAUCGUCAACGAGAAAUCAAUGCUGCCCCCUCCCCCUCCCUACCUCUCCCGCUCGCUCGACAUGCACCCCCCGCCCUUCCCCGGAUCCUCUACCCGCCCAAAACCUUCCUUCUCCACGCUCCCCCCGCACAUCCUCCUCGUCAUCCUCUACCACACCUUCCCGCAGACGUCCUUCCUCGACGAGGGCCGCGUCGAGCGCCAGAGACGCACGCUGUACUGGAUGAGCAUAUCGCUCAGGCUGGUCAGUCGGUCGGUCUACAUCGGUGAGUUGUCGAGUCGCUACGACGCGAUCUGACAUGACCGAUCUACAUCACUGUCAGCAUGUAUGCACAUCCUCCGCUCGACCUACCUCCCCGCAUACACAUCCCUCCUGCGCGCUCCUUACACCUCCGACCCCUUUCCACUAUCCUCUCCCCCACCCACCACCACCACCACCACCACCACCACCACCACCACGCCUCCGACCUCAACCAUUACCUCGACACCAACCCCCGACCUCCCGCUCCUCCCGUCCCCACACCGCGAAACAGCGAUCCUGGACGCUUUCAUUGCGCUCAAGGUCCGCGAAGACGUGUGGGCCGACGCGUCCGAGCUCCACCUUGAGCGCGAGGAGACGUUCCGCGAUGUAUUCGAGCGCGUGCAGCCCCGCGCGCGCUGCGAGGACCUCGUGCGGCACUACGGCGAGCGCGCGGGCGUCGUUGUGCUCGAUGCGCCUGGCGCCGCGGAUCCUUCUGCGAGCGGUGGGGGCGGGAGCAGAACGAGCCGGACGCGUGCGAUCCCGUUCAGUGCGCUGAGCGUGGCUUUCGAGCCGCGCCGCGUCGCGCUCGUGCUUCAGCCGCCAGCGGGCGAGCGGCGGCGCACGAUCGCGGAGGUGCCGCGGGCCGCGCGCGACGAGCGGCUCGAGGUCGCGGCGAAGCGGCUCGUGCGGGAGCUGCAAGCGUGGAUAGCGGAGGGCGGCCAGCUGUGAGCCCUCGUAUGGACGCACGGACACACGGACGCUGUGUGCGCGGGCAAGCAUAUAUGUAUUGUACGGAUCUGUAGGUGUUUCGAUGUUGUAUUUUCACCGACCAUGUAUCCUACUCGGAUUAGGUUUAUGUACGCACAUAUGUCUGAUAUAAUAUCGACGGCACUCCCUUUUGCGGUGUCUCUAGCAGCGCCGAUG